AUGUCUCAGCACCAGCAGUGGCCCGGCCCCCCCGCCGGGUCCUCCUCCUCCUACCACCAGCCAACACACCAUCCAACACACCCCUCGCAGCACCACGGACACCAGCAGUCUCACCACCAGCAAGCAUACGACGUCGAUCGCGGCUAUGGCCUCGGUUCGUCCAUGAACGGGCACCACCAUGCCAUGACCAUACAGGAUGACUAUGACGCGGAGGAGGACGACGGCCUGGGUGAUCUCCCUGGCCCAGGGCUCAGUGGUCUCGGCCUACCGCCGUACAACACCGCCGGUAUGAGCAUGAGCAGCUCGGCGAAGAACGAGAAACAGAUUCGAAGACGGAGUAGCAAGGCCUGUGAUCAGUGCCGGAAGAGUAAGUGCAAAUGCGAACGGGGUAGCGCACAAGACCCGUGCAGGAACUGUGUAAUGCUUGGAACGCCUUGCACUUUCCUCGGACCAUCACGUAAACGCGGCCCGCCGAAGGGCUACAUCGACGCAAUCGAAGCGCGCCUCCAUCAGACCGAGGCGCUCAUCGGGAUCCUUCUCAGCAGCAAGGAUAGCCGCGCACGGAGUGUCCUGGAGGACAUGGCUGAGGACCCACUUGCGAAGGAGAUCAUCGCGCGCGUGGACAAUUCACCGUACGGGCACAAGGGCCGGGCCCGAGGCGGCGAGACAGUCCAAACCGGACGCUCGCGUCAACCCACAGAGCCGCGAGACGAGUCCGGCGUGCAAUGCACCCAUCCCUCAAAUGAAUGGCAGGACCAGGUGAUCGCAAGGUUGAACGCGGCCGCGGCAAGGCGCAACACGCUCCUCCCAGGCAACGCCGCGGAUGCCCUGGACGACGCGGAAGUGCGGCCACUUAGCGCGGACGCGAGCGGCGGCCUGCAGUACCCCGUGUCGCCCACCUCCGAGGCCUCGCAACCGACGCGGCCAACUCUGAACAUCACGCAGCCGUCGAGCAGCGGGAAUGCGGCCGGGCCGGCGAGCGCGUCUGGCCUGCUCAGCGCAGGCUCGGACCAGCCGGGUGAUGCACCGUUCAGGCGCCAGCGGAGGCGGCUGGAUGAGGGCGACGAUGCGGGCCACGCGCGCUCGCCCUCUCGUCGCUCGCCGGACAUGCGCGACGACGAGAGCGCGGGUGACGAUGAGACCGGGGGGUCGGAGCCCUCCGGGGAGGACGACGAGCUCGCGAUCGAGGUCGGCCAGCUGAGUCUGAACGAGGACGAGGUCGUGCGGUUCCAUGGGAAGGUGAGCGGGCUGCACUUGCUCGGCGUGAAGGACCGCGAGGACGGCCGGCACGAGGGCGGCAUCUGGAGGUUCCCCAAGGCGAGAGUGUGGCCGCCAUUGCCCCCGACGGCGGCGAACCAUGCGAAGGGCCUGGACAACUUUGCGCCGGACUUGCCCGACCGCGCGACGCAGGAGCUCUUGUUGGACCUCUACUGGACGUAUGUGCACCCGGCGUUGCCGAUUGUGUGCAAGCGCGCCUUUAUGGAGGACUUCCGCAACAGCCAAACGAUGUCAGCCGACUCUCCUUACUCUGAGCCCUCCGAUGGCGCGUCUCCCGGCUCUCAAAUCGGUCAAUCUACGCACAGACGAGGGCGCGUGCCGACGGUCUUGCUGCUCGCCAUGUUCUCCAUCGCCGCUCGCUACUCCGCCCAAACUGGCGGCGACGUGCCGCCGCCUCAGGAAGGCUCCAUGUGGGCGGCAGGUGACAGGUACCUGGAGGACGCGAAGGUUAUCCUGGACAGCAGCUAUGCUGCCAGUCGCCCGAGUACGUGCCAGGCGCUGCUCUUGAUGGCUUACCGCGAAGUGGGCAUCGGCGCGAUGGCGCAGGCGUGGCUGUAUGUCGGCAUGGCGGUCAGGAUGGCGCAGGACCUCGGUCUCCACAAGAGCGCGGAUAAGUGGACUAGCGUCGGACGGAACCUCUUCUCGGCGAACGAGCUGCAGGAAAGGAGAUGCAUUUGGUAUGGUUGCGUUACUAUGGACAAGUAUCUCUCGGCCUAUAUCGGUCGCCCGAUCGCCGUGGCCGAGCGCGACUUCGAUACCGAGCUUCCUACCCUCGAUGAUCAGGACGAACUUGAGUUGUGGCAACCGCACCCGUCGGCUCCUUUACAGGACGAUAGCGCGGAGCCCAGCUCCCCUGACGUCGCGCCGGCCCCGGGUCACGUCAUCUCGUGCUUCGGCGAGUCGGCCAAGUUGUCGAUUAUCCUAAGCAUGAUCAUGCAAUGCCUGUAUGCCAUAAAGCCUCCUGCGUACCGGCACCAGGAAUUGCAGCGUUUCGAGAAAUUGUUGUCGAAGUGGUAUUUGGAUCUGCCUGACCACCUCCGGUAUGAUCCCGCCUCACCGAAGAACCCGGUCCCUCUCCCUCACAUCUUGACGCUGCACAUGCAAUAUUGGUGCACCGUACUGCUGUUGCAUCGUCCCUUCAUUCGCCACCUCGCAGACUCUUCCGGUCGACCCGCGUCUGCUGCGUCGAAGGACUCUGAAGUCCGUGCUAGCUCCAGGAGAAACUACGAUACAUGUGUACAAGCGGCCAACCACAUAACCUCUAUCGUGUCGGUCUACGUCGGGAACUACAGUGCUAAGCGCGCCUCGGUGUAUUUCUGUUAUUACGUUUUCACGGCUGCAAUUCAGCACGUGUCGACCCUGAUGAUGUACUCCGAGGACGCUCAGGCGAGGGUGGGGCUCCACAAAUGUAUGGACGUACUGAAGCGUAUGCGACACCUGUGGCCGAGUGCGUUCCGUGCCCUGGAGCUUCUUCAAGGUUCAAAAGUCAAUGCGCAAGGUGCCCAAGACCUGGCGGCUUUGCGCGCGCGCAGCUCAGACAGGCCGAAGCGCUCGGCUGAGCAUCCGUUGGACGCUGAUGAAGAGAGCGGCACCCGCCUCUUGACGAGCGAUCAACUCUACCGCCAGCAGCAGAACUUCCAGCCGGUCAGCACGCCCAGCCCGGUCCACCAGGGCUUCGCCAUGAACAAUCUACAGAUGCCCGCCGCGGACGCGCAAUACCAGUCGUACGAUAGGUGGUCCUCGGACGCGCCGAUGGCGAACUACGCAGGAAGCCUAUCGACGUCCGUAUUGCCGCAGCAGUACAGUACCGGGUUGGUUGACGAGAGGAUGUCUGCUAGUAGGCACCCGGAAAGGCAAAGCCAACGAUACCCGCAGUUCUGGAACGACUACACCGCCCUGGCGCAGUUGGACACGCCUUAUGGCGUGCCGGUGAUAGGUGACAUGGGGAGUCAGCACCCGGGCUCAAGCCAUGGCGACCAGCAAUCGAUGUACAUGCAAGACUAUUCGAUGUUUGGUGAGUCCGUCUCACUGUUACGUCAUGCAUUGCGUAGGAUACGUUACUGA